GUUUGAGGUACAAAACUCAGAACUACUCUGGGUUUGACUUUAGUGACUUUUUGACUCCCAGCUCAGGGAAGUCGAAAUAGUGCGCAUUUGAAACCGACCAUGAACAAUGUCCGGCUCCUCCUCCGCCGUGGCUAUGCCACCAAAUACAGCGGCAGAGUCCUCACCGAAAUGGACAACGGCCGUUCAUUCGCCGUCGAAGUCCAAGUCCCAAACAUCCAACAACUUGACCCCAGAGGCUACCCUCUCCCUCGCCAUGACCUUGUCUGCAAGGUCGUCAACAUUCUCCAGUCCCGCUCAUCAGACCCCUUCAUCGAACUAUCCGACUAUCUGGAAACCCUAACCCUAACCCUCACCCCUUCCGAAGCAUCCGAAAUCCUCAAAUCGCUCCAUUCAUCAUCUCUUGCACUCCAAUUUUUUCGAUUUUGCCCCACUUCUAUCCCUAAAUUUCGUCACGAUUGUUUCACCUACAACCGCAUUCUCCUCAUCCUCUCAAAGUCUUCCUCCCCUGACCGGUUCGACUCUGUCCGUCGUAUUAUCGACGAGAUGGAGCGGUCGCGCGUGCAUGGCAACAUCUCCACCGUCAAUCUUUUGAUCGGAAUAUUCGGCGGCGGUGAAGAUUUGGACAGGUGCUUACGGCUGGUUAAAAAAUGGGAGCUCAGGAUGAAUCGCUAUACGUAUAAAUGCCUUCUGCAAGCUCAUUUACGCUCUCGUGAUUCAAACAAGGGCUUGGAAGUUUAUCAAGAGAUGAAACGGAAAGGAUAUCAACCGGAUAUCUUUGCCUACAAUAUGCUACUUGAUGCUCUUGCCAAAGACGAAAAGGUUGAAGAAGCGAAGAAGGUUUUUGAAGACAUGAAGAAGAAACACUGUGAGCCUGAUGAAUAUACAUAUACAAUUCUAAUCAGAAUGACUGGAAAACACGGGAAGCUUGAUGAGGCAAUAUCACUCUUUCAAGAAAUGCUAUCAAAGAACCCAGCUCCAAAUCUAAUUGCUUACAAUACUACAAUCCAGCUUCAGAAGGACAACUUGGUAGACUCGAUGAAGUUGUGGAAAUAUCAAAGAAGGGAUAAGUUCAGAUACCAUUAUGUACAACACUGUAUUCACUGCUCUUGGGAAAUCAAAACAGGGAAAAAUGGUGAUGUUGAUGAAGCUUACAUGAGGUGUAAAGAAAUGGAAGAGAAGGGGUUGAAUCCGGAUGUUGUUACAUAUAGUACAUUGAUCGAGUGUUUUGGGAAAUCAGAUAAAGUAGAAAUGGCUUGUAGAUUGUUUGAUGAAAUGCUUUCUGAAGGGUGUUGCCCUAAUAUUAUUACAUAUAACAUAUUGUUGGAUUGCCUUGAGAGAAGUGGGAGAACUGCUGAAGCUGUUGACUUGUAUGCAAAGCUUAAAGAACAAGGUUUGACUCCGGAUUGGAUUACAUAUUCUAUUCUUGAACGUUUACAAAGUGGUUCUCAUAGGAGAUUUAGAAGCAGGAGGCAAAAUCCAAUUACUGGAUGGGUUGUUAGUCCUUUAAGGUGA